UUUCUAUCUUUUUGACAGCUGUCAAUUUGUAAGCGUUGCGUAAACGUUUUGCGUAUUUACCCAACCCAAGAAUUUAUUUUGUCGUGAAAAAAUGGAAUUUAGAAAACGGUCUGAAUGCGAAACCGAUUCGCAAGAAGACUCAGAUUAUGAAACAACCAGGUCAAAACGUAAAUUAUCUCUCCUAACCACGAAUUACGACGAUGAUUUAACCAGAAAACGACCGAGAUGUUUCACAAGGAACGCAUUGAUGGCCCGUGAAAAUCGUUUGAGGAAGAAGAUGUACGUUGAAAGUUUGGAGAGAAAUAUGGCGAAAUUAACGCAAGAGAAUCGGAAAUUAAAAAGUAAAGUUGAAAAUCAAAGUCAAAUGAUUAAUCAAUUAACGAAAGAAGUGAGAUAUGUCAAAAAUGUUUUAGCGAACAGUACGGAUAUUACAACCAUUUUACGUUCGAUACAUCAUAACACAGUCUGAUUGUUCUCUGAGCAACACAGAAGAUUUACUUAGCUCCGUAAAAAAUGAAAUUGAUUUUGGAGAUUUAUUUAAUGAUCCUGAAUUAUUACAAAUUGAAGAAACUAAUGUGAAUAACACUGAAAAUACUUUUGAAGAACAUAAUUAUAUUUCCCGGAAUCAUAAUGAAGGUGAAGAAGAUGUUGGGGUUUGUCUUCACGUCUCUAAACAUCGAGUAUCCUUGGAGUUUUGUUCAAAAUGCAAUGAUGAAGCUGCGGGAGUUUGGAAGAACGAUUUUUGAAGCAAAAAAUAGGUUAAAAUGUCUGUAUCAGAUUUAGAUUAUAUAAUUUUUGUAAUUAUUUUACGUUUGAUAAGUUUUUUUUAUUUGUUAGUGCUCAUUCCUUACUAAUUAAGAGUGAUUUUUGCAUUUUUAUGUAAACUGUGGCUCUACUAGUUAAUGUUUUAAAUUUUUACAGGAACUUUCGGGUUUUGUUAGGAGCAGAUCUUGGUUCAUGGAAAGAAAUUUAGAAAGUUUUA